UACAGUUGGUGUAAUAUAUAUAAGAUAGGAGAUCAGUAUGGAUUGUAACAUUCUUCUGCUUGUGACAUUUUUUAUAAUUAGCAAAGUGGCAUGUGCAGACAAUUGUGAACUUAGUGCUUUUUUUGCAAACUGCUCAAAGCGUGGUUUUUCGGAAAUUCCUAAGAACCUUCCAGAAUAUAUAACUAAACUCGAAUUAUCAGAAAAUGUCAUUACAAAGAUAGGAUCAAAGGCAUUUAAAAGAUAUGAUAAGCUACUAGUUUUACACUUAGCAAACAAUAACAUAAGUAUCUUAGACAGAGAUGCUUUUGAGGGCUUAUGCGAAUUAAAGGUGCUUUCUCUAACAGGAAAUCGAUUAGAUCAUACAAGAUAUCCGAACAAUGUUUUCCGUCCGCUAAAGAGCAUACAUGAACUUUAUCUUAAUCGAAACAUAAGAAGUCCACCUCCGUUUGAGCAAGAAAAAACUUGUGAAUAUUCCGAUAAAGCCUUCAGCUGGAUGGUUAAUCUGAAAAUUCUGUCAAUAGAUCUAUGUGGAAGCUCAAAUUUUGGCAUCGGAUUUCUCAAAUUGAUACAUUUACAGAAUCUUACAUUUGAUCAUUGUCUAGCUUGCAAUUUAACUCGAAAAACCUUUAGUAAUUUUCGAAAAUCCAACGUCACUGUGCUGAAUCUCAGUCGAUGCGAACUGUAUGAAAUGAGUGAAUCUAUUGACGCUGGAAUUUUAUAUCCUUUUUCAAAUGUGACAAGUCUUGAUUUAUCAAACUCGUACUUUAGCUUAAAGCACGCCCUCCAGCUUUUGUUGCCAUUCCGUAAUAAGAAAAUGGAUAUGAUAAAUUUUCAUCGUGUAAGUCGGAAUACUAGAAGCAGUCCAGAAAAUCCAUUUAAAAUUGUUAUAACAAGUGAAAUGAUGCAGUUUCUUAGAACUAUCUGUGUGAAAACUCUUAUCAUGUCAUACAACGGAAUUGUAGAUGCAAAACCCAAUUCAUUAUUUGUUUUUGAUCACCCGGAGUGCUUUGAGAAUAUAAUAAUAUCAGCAAAUAGUUUUUGGUUGGAAAAUACUCUCCAAUACAUCGAGGUUCUAAAAUUAGCAAGUACCAUGAUUAAUCUUCGACUAUUCGAUUAUUCAUACGUCCCGCUUAAGUUUACAUGUAUGAACUUUAUACUCCCGCCAAAUUCAGUGAUCUUAAACAAUGACAUGUUAUAUACAGAUAGAACCCUAACCAAUACAACGUUUUAUCUUCCAAUUAAACUGGAACAUCUGCGAUUCAGUCAUGUAAUGGCGUCUUCCCAACUGUUAAGCGUGAUAAUUAGAAAUACACUUUCACUGAAAUUCUUAGAUUUAUCGUAUGUUUCCUUCAAAGAGUUUCCUGAUAUUUUCAUGCCUGAAGGUAACGUUAUAGAACACCUAGAUUUUUCAGGAAUAGAUUCAAGACUAUAUGUUGAUAAAGGAGUUACUGAAUUAAUGGGAGAAGUAAAAACUCUCCUCGUACGUAAUGCUAAAUUAGAUCUGACAUUUAGAGAACGGAAAAAUGUCUUUAAAUAUUUAAGAAAUCGAACAAUUAAAAUUGAUAUAUCUCAUAAUCAUCUAUGGGCCCUUCCGAAGACAUUUCGUGUCAUGUCCAAUUUAGAACACAUUGAUUUAUCUUAUAACUCAUUUCGACAUUUUCCGAAGGCAUUGACAUCAAUUUAUAAUCUCAAAAAAGUAGAUUUGAGAUUUAAUCGGUUACUGACCUUAGACAAAAAAGUUACACAGUGGGCUGACGAUGUUUGCAAGAAACACAAUUUAUCAUUACUGUUUGCAGGAAAUGAAUUUGCUUGCAGUUGUGAAAAUCGACACUUUUUGAGGUGGCUAACACAAACAAACGUCUUAUUGGACAAAGACGGGCAUUAUCAUUGUCGAUUUCCUAAUGGAACAAGGACAAAUACUACCAAGGUUAUGGAACAAUUCCAUGAUACAUUUUCAGAUUGCGAUGCAAUCGCUUGGUUACGUAUAGGCGUCAUUUGCAUCGUUUCUUCCUUUGUCAUCAUUUGUUUAUCGGCUGUACUUUAUCAGUUCAGAUGGAGAAUGGCAUAUUUUUUCUAUCGAAAACUAAAAAUGAACUAUGUAAUCGAAUCGGAAGACGUUGAAUUCAGGUAUGAUAUCUUCGUUGCAUAUGCAUCUGAUUGCUGCGAAUGGCUUAAAGGUUCAUUAAUACCGAUACUAGAACAGGAAUGGAAAUUGAAUGUCUGUGUGAAAGAUCGUGAUUUCCCGGUAGGGGAAGAUCGAGCAGAUACUGUCAUCAACAGCAUGCGAAAUAGUAAGUUUAUAAUUUUCAUAAUUACACCAGAAUUUAUUAAAAGAAAAUGGGGAAAGUUCGAGAUUGAAAUGGCUAAAUAUGAAAUGUUUGAGCAUAGAAAACAGAAACGCAUUAUUGUCAUAAUGAAAGACGGCACAUUAAAAGAGGACGUUCCUAUUGAAUUUAGUCUUAUAUGGAAAGAUGUCAUAAUGAUCGAAUGGCCAAGCGAUGACAUAAAUACCGAAAAUGUGUGGUAUGAUUUAAAGUUGCAGUUGGGUUGAGAUUGUGGUAUCCGUUAAGGAAUUGGUGUAAUGAAUAGUGAAUUUGAAAGAGCUAUCUUGUUAGCAUGUACAUAUUGCAAUAAAGAGUUAUGGAUAUUGACAUUCAAUAUAAGAGACGAUCAAUUUUUGUUUUAUCAUAACUUGAUUGGUAGAAAAUGAAUUUAAUUAUUUUUCUGCAAAAUAAUCUGGAAAUAUUUUCCUUCGAUUAACUCUUUUUAUAAAUAUCUCGACAAACCAGAGUAUGCUUUAUUUUGAAUAUAAAGUAUGCGCAUGUUAAUGAUUUGAAAAUUAUCUUUUUAAAAAUUAAAAUAAAUA